CUGGAAACAGAUAGACAAAAUAAAUGGAUAUAUAGAUCAGGCCCACUGGAUUCUCUAUGACCCCGUGUGCGAGCGUAUUCAUGGACGUAAUCAAGAUAACCAAUAGCAAGAGGAGGUGGGCGAGUCGUGUGAGUGGGUUGGACGUCUCAUGUAAAUAGACUGCUAGCUAGUCUUUUAAACCCAAUACUUUUUUUCUGUCAUCAACCGGGACUGGUAGCUAGGGUGCACAGAAAACAAACAAAAAACACGAUCUGAGGGGGACCUCCGUCAUCUCACAGUACCCAGCUAGCUAAUUGCGUUGAUUGAAGAAGAGUUAUCUCCCAGCAACAGUCAAUAGCAACACACCGACACUCCUGCUAACGUCAGAUAGCCACAGAUAGUUAGCUGGGAGACUUUCAAGCCUAUUCAAGCGUGCUAACGUUAGUCUUGAAGCGGCAAGAUGCUGCUGCAGGUUGGAGGCAUGCGUUCGGCCCUGGGGCUGCUGGCUGUCAGGAGGGCAUGCUGCCUGUCCCGCUCCAACAACACCUCCACUCAUACUCUGGAGUACAAGCCCAUCAAAAAGGUUAUGGUGGCCAACAGAGGUGAGAUUGCUAUCCGUGUGUUUCGGGCCUGCACUGAGCUGGGGAUCCGGACGGUGGCUGUCUACUCUGAACAGGACACAGGCCAGAUGCACAGGCAGAAGGCAGAUGAGGCUUACCUCAUAGGGAAGGGCUUGCCGCCCGUGGCUGCAUACCUGGACAUCCCUGACAUCAUCAAAGUGGCUAAGGAGAAUGAUGUGGAUGCCAUCCACCCUGGGUACGGCUUCCUGUCUGAGCGAUCAGACUUUGCCCAGGCGUGUGCCGAUGCUGGGGUACGCUUCAUUGGCCCUUCCCCUGAAGUGGUGCGCAAGAUGGGAGACAAAGUGGAAGCUCGAGCCAUCGCUAUCCGUGCAGGAGUCCCAGUGGUACCAGGGACAGACGGCCCCGUCACUUGCCUAUCGGAGGCCCAGGAGUUUUCCAACACCUAUGGCUUUCCCAUAAUCUUCAAGGCUGCCUAUGGCGGUGGGGGCAGGGGGAUGAGGGUGGUCAAAGAGUACGAGGAGCUGGAGGAGAACUAUCAGCGUGCGUACUCUGAGGCCCUGGCGGCGUUUGGGAACGGUGCUCUGUUCGUGGAGAAGUUCGUUGAGAGACCCAGACACAUUGAAGUGCAAAUCCUGGGUGACAAGUAUGGUAAUGUUAUCCACCUGUAUGAGAGGGACUGCUCUAUCCAGAGGAGGCACCAGAAGGUGGUAGAGAUGGCCCCGGCUGUACAACUGGACCCACACCUCCGGGACAGACUCACCGCUGACUCUGUCAACCUGGCCAGACAGGUGGGCUAUGAGAAUGCUGGCACAGUGGAGUUCCUGGUGGAUAAACAUGGAAGGCACUACUUCAUCGAGGUCAACUCACGCCUGCAGGUGGAGCACACCGUUACCGAGCAGAUCACGGAUGUGGACCUGGUUCAUGCUCAGCUGCACGUGUGUGAGGGGCGUAGCCUGCCAGAGCUGGGCCUGAAGCAGGAUAAGAUCCGGAUCAAUGGCUUCGCCAUCCAAUGCCGUGUGACCACAGAGGACCCUGCCCGCGGCUUCCAGCCUGACACUGGACGGCUUGAGGUGUUCCGGACUGGAGAGGGCAUGGGCAUCCGUCUGGACAGUGCCUCCGCGUUCCAGGGGGCCGUCAUCUCCCCCCACUACGACUCCCUCCUGGUCAAAGUCAUCGCCAGCGGGAAUGACCUGCCUGCCGCCGCUGCCAAGAUGAACCGGGCGCUGGCAGAGUUCCGUGUCCGCGGGGUCAAGACCAACAUCCCCUUCCUCCAGAACGUUCUUAGUAACGACCAGUUCCUGUAUGGCACCGUUGACACCCAGUUCAUAGAUGAGAACCAGGAGCUCUUCAACCUUAAACCGGUCCAGAACCGAGCCCAGAAGCUGCUGCACUACCUGGGUCAUGUGAUGGUAAACGGCCCCACCACUCCCAUCCCAGUGAAGGCCAAGCCCUCCUCUAUCGAUCCUGUGAUCCCACCCAUUCCUCUGGGUGAGCCUCCGGUUGGGUUCCGUGACGUCCUCUUGAGGGAGGGUCCAGAGGGCUUUGCCAAGGCGGUGCGUGCCCACAAGGGUCUGCUGCUCAUGGACACCACCUUCAGAGAUGCCCACCAGUCUCUCCUAGCCACACGUGUCCGCACCCACGAUCUCAAACAGAUCGCCCCCUUCGUGGCCCAUAACUUCAGCAAUCUCUUUAGCGUGGAGAACUGGGGAGGUGCCACUUUUGAUGUGGCAAUGCGUUUCCUGUGUGAGUGUCCAUGGAAACGACUGCAGGAGCUGAGAGCUCUGCUGCCCAACGUGCCUUUCCAGAUGCUGCUGAGAGGAGCCAACGCUGUGGGCUACACCAACUACCCCGACAACGCAGUGUUCAAGUUCUGUGAGGUGGCCAAGGAGAACGGCAUGGACAUCUUCCGUGUUUUCGACUCUCUGAACUACCUGCCCAACCUGAUGCUGGGUAUGGAGGCUGCUGGGGCUGCCGGGGGCGUGGUGGAGGCCUCCAUCUCCUACACAGGAGAUGUGUCUGACCCCAUGAGGCAGAAGUACUCUCUGGACUACUACCUGAAGCUGGCUGAUGAGCUGGUCAGAGCUGGAACACACAUACUGAACGUCAAGGACAUGGCAGGGCUGCUGAAGCCUGAGUCUAGCCGGAUGCUGAUUGGUGCUCUGAGGGACCGUUUCCCUGACAUGCCCAUCCACGUCCACACCCAUGACACGGCAGGCGCCGGCGUGGCCGCCAUGCUGGCGUGUGCCGAGGCCGGGGCCGACAUCGUAGACGUUGCUGUGGACUCCAUGGCUGGGAUGACAUCGCAGCCCAGCAUGGGAGCCAUUGUCGCCUGCACCAAGGGAACCAAAUUCAACACAGGCAUAUCUCUGGAGAAUGUGUAUGACUACAGUGAGUACUGGGAGGUUGCUCGCGGGCUCUAUGCACCGUUUGACUGUACAGCCACUAUGAAGUCUGGCAAUGCUGACGUGUAUGAGAACGAGAUCCCUGGAGGCCAGUACACCAACCUGCACUUCCAGGCUCACAGCAUGGGCCUGGGACACAAGUUCAAGGAGGUGAAGAAGUCCUACACAGAGGCCAACAAGCUGCUGGGUGACCUCAUCAAGGUGACUCCCUCCUCAAAGAUUGUGGGCGACCUGGCCCAGUUCAUGGUGCAGAACUCUUUGACGAGGGCGGAGGUGGAGGAGAGGGCUGAUGAGCUCUCCUUCCCCCUCUCUGUGGUGGAGUUCCUGCAGGGCCACAUUGGCAUCCCACACGGAGGCUUCCCUGAACCCUUCAGGUCCAAGGUGCUGAAGAAUAUGCCACGGGUGGAGGGCCGCCCUGGUGCCUCUCUGCCCGCCAUGGACUUCGAGGCCCUAGAGAAACAGUUGCGAGAGACACACGGAGAUGACAUUACUCCUGAGGAGGUGAUGUCAGCAGCCAUGUACCCCAAGGUGUUCCAGGAAUUCAAGGAGUUUACCCAUCAGUUUGGCCCCGUGGACUGCCUCAACACACGCCUGUUCCUCGAUGGACCCAAGAUUGCUGAGGAGUUCGAGGUGGAGUUGGAGCGAGGGAAGACCCUCCACAUCAAAGCCCUCGCCCUGGGAGAUCUCAACAAGGCUGGCCAGAGGGAGGUGUUCUUUGAGCUGAAUGGAGCUCUCAGAUCUGUCCUGGUCAAGGAUACAGUGGCCAUGAAGGAGAUGCACUUCCACCCCAAGGCGCUGAAGGACGUGCGUGGCCAGGUGGGGGCGCCCAUGCCCGGGAAGGUGGUGGAGGUGAAGGUGAAGCAGGGCCAGACGGUGGAGAAGGGCCAGCCUCUGUGUGUGCUCAGCGCCAUGAAGAUGGAGACAGUGGUCAACUCUCCCCUCUCCGGCACCGUGGUCAAGAUUUACGUCAACGCCGACAGCAGCCUGGAGGGAGACGACCUCAUCCUGGAGAUCACCGAGUAGGACAGGAAAGGCCACCAGCAGGAACCAUUAACCAUAGCACAACCAUAGCACAACCUUAGCACAACCUUUGCGCUUCAAGUCACACAUGCUAAAGUACAAGUCCAACUGUAGAAAAGACAGAUAUAUUUUUGAAAUUCUGGAAAAUAUAUAUAGUAUGAUUGUAAUCAAUUAACAUUUAGUCUGUUUGUUUUCUUGUUGGAGAGCUUCCUAUGAUGUUUGCACUUGUGUGAUAUAUGCGGUAAUCCACUGUCACUUUAGCAACUGAAAAGUACAAUCAUUAACCAUUAAUGGUGACUAAUCUGUUACAUUUCGUAUUAACAUAUGACUGUUCGUCUAUGUACGUCAUUCUGGAACGCGUUCCCGAAGAGUGAAGUCACUGAGGCCAGGCCAAUGAAAAAAGGAUUUCAUUAAUAAUUAGAAAGCAAUUGACAAGCAGUUGACAUUCAGGUAUUUCAUGUAAUGUAAAAUCUUGGCUUAUCAUGUUUUAAAUUCCACAGAACACUUUGGGCAAUCCCCGUACGUGCAUCACCGCCUUGAUUUUGAUCAUUUGAUAUGUUGAAAUCUAAAAAUGAAAGUAAAUGUAAUAAUAUAGAUGUUCAAGCAUAAUAAGUGUUCUGUUCCUUCCAGCCUCCAUCUCACUACAUUGACUGAGUAAAGAUGUUUUAAGCAUCUACUCUCAAUACAUGUGUUCACUCAUCAUUGCGUUACUUUCACACAUUUUUCCCAACCCGUUUUAAAAUGAAACAAGCUUUUACAGUAAAUGUCCUUAUAUUCAAAGGUCUUAUUGAAGCAUAAGUGACUCAGUUGACCAAAACUGUUCCUUUUAGAUAUGGAACCUAGAAGAACAUUCUUUUUUUUGACCGACUGCUUUGCUUUGUAAAUGAAUGCAAAUAUUCUUGAUAUUGAGUUUUUGGCAACUCGCUGUGAAUUCUAAACAUAGAAAUGAAUCAUACUGAAUUGGACAUAUUUAGUUCUGGUACUCAUUGGGACAGACUGGACUCUGGUUAGAUUUACAGAUUGUAGGGGGUAGUUUAAUGUGCUCCAUCUGUGAUAGUAGAUUACUAAGGGGUUUGUUUUGUUUCCGUCCAUCCGUCCGCCCUCCCCCAAUUGUAAACCUGAAUAACCUAUGACAAAAUUAUUGGGUCCAAUUUUUUUGGUAGUUUUUAUUUUUGUGUGGAGAGUAAAUAAAUGGUAGGCUGUAUUUUAAUGUUACUGCUGCAUAUGGCAUGACCUUACAGUACAUGCUGGGCAAUGCCUGAGUGCUCUUGACGGAUGUUAAACGUUUACAGAUUCUCAUUCUGUCACAACUGUCAUGGUAAUCACUUAGUGUGACCGUUUACAUCUGUGGUGAGUGUGUUGAUGAUCAUGAGCAUUGCUUAUGUCAUGCAGUAUUUGCAGUGCAAGGGGAAAUGUGAAAUGUUAUUGAUUUUAAGAUUUUUUGACACGUCAAAAAACUGCUUUGUCAUGAGUAAAAACAACAACAAAAUGACUCACAUUUUCUUGUCUUAGAAUUAUUUAAUAAAACCGGAGUUGUAUCAAACCAUUAAUCCAAUGUUUCUUAGACUCUUAUAACGCCUGUAUGUGAAACAUAAGACUUAAGUCUACUAAUACAACAAUUUAUCCUGGUAACUUACGAGCGACAUGAGUACUGUGCAUUAAAUAUUUUCUAAGGCAAAUAGGAGCCUAUAUAUAAGAAAAACAAAUAUUAGUGAGCUUUAUCUGUAGAUGUACAGGUAACUGACAAAAUAAAGGACACACUAACAUAGUGUCUUAAUAGGAUGUUGGGCCACCAUGAGCCAGAACAGCUUUAAUGUGCCUCUUUUGGAAGAAUGCGACACCAUUCUUCCAUGGGGAAAAUUCCAUCAUUUGGUGUUUUGUUGAUGGUGGUGGAAAACGCUGUCUCAGGCGCUGCUGCAGAAUCUCACAUAAGUGUUCAAUUGGGUUGAGAUCUGGUGACCUGAGACGGCUAUAGCAUAUGGUUUACAUCGUUUUCAUGCUCAUCAAACCAUUCAGUGACCAGUGGAUUCACCCUAAGGUGGCAUAGCCAUGGUAGCCCGAAAUAAUGACCUGCCUUGCAUUUUUAUACAUGACCCUAAGCAUGAUGGGAUGUAAAUUGCUUAAUUAACUCAAGAACCGCACCUCUGUGGAAGCACCUGCUUUUAAUAUACUUUGUAUCCAUCAGUUACUCAAGCGUUUUCAUUAUUUUGGCAGUUACCUGUAUUUGUAAGCUUAUAGAAUAGCAAUGUCAUUUGUAUUCGAGUCCCUUUCUGGGGAUGUGGAUUUAUGUGGCAUUUGUUAUCUCAUCCUUCCAUGGCAUUUUUGUCUGUUUUGAUAACAUCAGUUUUAAGAUAUGCGAAUACUAAUUCCGUGUAACCAUGUUCUUUUCAAUGUGACAACUUUGAAAGAAAUUAAAAGGGCAUACAUAACA